AUGGCUGGGCCCACGCCUCUGGUCCUGCUCUGGGCACUGCUGACCCUCUGCAUCUCUGCAGGGACCCCCGAGGUGUGGGUGCAAGUCCAGAUGGAGGCCACUGAGCUCCCAACCUUCACUGUCCGCUGUGGGUUCCUUGGGUCUGGCUCCAUCUCCCUGGUGACCGUGAGCUGCGGGGGGCCUGAUGGUGCUGGAGGAACCAGUCUAGCUGUGUUGCACCCAGAAUUUGGAACCAGGUAUUAGGCCCCUGUCCGCCAGGCCCACUGGGAAACCAAAAGCAGCAUCUCCCUCACUCUGGAAGGGUCAGCGGCCAGAAGCCCUUGGGCCAACACCACUUUCUGCUGCAAGUUCAUUUCCUUCCCCAGUGGCUCCCAGGAAGCCUGUGGAGAUCUGACACCCCUGUCUCCAGGACUCCCGGCUCCCUCUCCAGCCCCCAUUCUUCGGGCAGACCUGGCCGGGAUCUUUGGAGCCUCAGGGAUCCUCCUGUGUGGCUGCAUCUUCGUCCUACACUUCAUACAUCGGCAGAGGCAUCGGUGAGAACCAGUCCAGGCUGUGUCCCUGCAUCACUGGGCUAGUGACACUCUGCCUCUGACCCCUCUUCUCCUCCCAGGUCUGUCGCUCAGCUUCAGCCACCCCUCUCCAGUGCCUGGGCCCAGAGGAGA